GAUGAAGAAUAUAUAUUUAUUGGCUAUCUGUCCCUUGUGGGUUACAGAACAUUUCAUGUUGUUCAUAUGUGCAUCAUAGCAGAAUACAAGGACAAUCUUAAGUCUAACCUCCUUUCUUGGGCGUGGGAGUGUCAAAGGUUGGGAGAGGACAAUACUGUAAAAGGCCAGAAACUAGUAACACAAUCACUGCCACUGUCACAUAAAUCUAAGUCAGUGGGUUCAUAGGAGGACAGGAGGUCCUUUUCCAUUCAAACACAACGGAGAGAGGGCAAACAGGAGAUUUACUGUCUAGGAGAGGGGCGGUUCUUGGACAAAAAUGAUCUGCCAUGCACUCUGUCCUGUGAUUCGUAACCUCAGUUUCACAACGCACUUUGGAGCUGAAAUGCUCUUGGCUUAGUGAUCUGGUGAGGUGAACCUCCCUGGCUCGGAACCCCACUACGACCUGUAAUGCGAUCUGCUCCGCUCGGAGAUAAUGAACCUACAACAUUCUUGCUCUGGAACGGUUUACUUCCCCAUCCUCGUCCCCAAAAUAGAAAGCAAGUCAAAAAAACAUUAAGAACCCUGGGGAGAUCUUCACCUGUACCGGAGUUGGUCUACUCCAGAACGCUAGUUUAAACUUUCCUGAAAACUUAUCUGGGUUCCCCGCUUCCUCCUCCCACCCCUCUCCGUUCCUCCGGUCACGUGAGGAGGGUGCUCCAAUGAGGGGAGGCGAUUGGAGGGGACCGGGUGGCCCGAGCGGCUACCACUGCAGAGGCCGGGAAGUGAGCUCGGAGACAGGCCGAAGUCGAUCAUGGUGGUGACAGCGCCCGCCCCGGCGACCGCCGCUGCUGCGGUGGAGGCGGCGGUGGCAGCAGGGGCAACUGAGGAAGAGCUGGGGGCCCACGCCGCUUGGGCUCGCUGUCCCCCGAGCGCGCUGUGAGCCCCCCAACUCCGACUGCCUGCAACUCACGUCCGUCCUAUCCCCGCCACGCUGCUGCCUCCCUCGUCUCCCUCAGUUCUCCGUCGAGCUCCCCAGCAGCGGCGGCUGCAGCUGUAGUGAACUCUGCGGCCGGAAGGCCAAGCAAGAGGCCUGGAGGAGAGGAGUUGGGGGAGGACGAUGCGCCUGCCCGGCGGUUGAGCUCGUGUUCCCCUCUCUCCUCUAGCCCUCUUCUUCCUCGACCUCUCCUUCCCAUCACCCCCACCAUGGCCUUCCCGGGCGCCGAAGGAGCGACCGAGGGGCCUGCCGGCCCAGCCCGGGAAGCGCCUGCGGCGGGCGCGGGCUGCUCGUCCUCGUCUUCCUCCGCCUCCUCCUGCUGCUCAUCCUCGUCUUUGAUAGCAGGGGGCAGCCGACUCUGGGCCGCCCUCUACGACUAUGAGGCGAGCGGCGAGGAUGAGCUGAGCUUGCGGCGGGGCCAGUUGGUAGAGGUGCUGUCGCAGGACGCCGCCGUGUCGGGCGAUGAGGGCUGGUGGACUGGCCAGGUGCAGCGGCGCCUCGGCAUCUUCCCCGCCAACUACGUGGCCCCUUGCUACCCGCCGCGGCCGCCCGAACCCGCCCGCCAGCGGCCCCGCCAGCCGCCGCCUCCGCCUGUGCCCCCGCCUCCCCCUCCGCCUUCUCCGCCCGAUGUCCCAAGGCCCGGCUCCCCUAUGCAGAUCGAGUUCGAGUGGCUGGAGCUCAAAGAGCUGAUCGGCGCUGGCGGCUUCGGGCAGGUGUACCGGGCCACCUGGGCGGGCCAAGAAGUGGCCGUGAAGGCGGCGCGGCGGGAUCCUGAGCAGGACCCUGCGGCGGCGGCCGACAGCGUGUUGAGGGAGGCGAAGCUCUUCUCCAUGCUGCGGCACCCCAACAUCAUCCAGCUGCGCGGCGUCUGCCUGCAGCAGCCCAACCUCUGCCUCGUCCUGGAGUUCGCCCGUGGAGGCGCUCUCAACCGGGCCCUGGCAGCAGCUGCGGCCGCCGCCCCCACCACCAACGCUGUCGCUUCCUCCUCCUCUCCGAAGCUCCCAUCGGUCACAGGGACCCCAGAGCCAUCGGGCGCUGCGCCCAGUCCGCGCCCAGCCCGCCGCAUCCCUCCCCACAUCCUGGUCAAUUGGGCGGUGCAGAUCGCUCGAGGAAUGCUCUACCUGCACGAGGAGGCCGUAGUGCCCAUCCUACAUCGGGACCUCAAAUCUAGCAACAUUUUACUACUUGAGAAGAUAGAGCAUGAUGACAUCUGCAAUAAAACACUGAAGAUUACAGAUUUUGGUCUGGCUAGAGAAUGGCAUAGAACAACCAAAAUGAGUGCAGCUGGUACAUAUGCAUGGAUGGCACCUGAAGUUAUCAAGUCUUCUUUGUUUUCUAAAGGGAGUGAUAUCUGGAGUUAUGGAGUGUUGCUGUGGGAACUACUUACAGGAGAAGUUCCCUAUCGCGGCAUUGAUGGCCUUGCAGUGGCUUAUGGAGUAGCUGUCAAUAAGCUCACUUUACCCAUUCCAUCUACCUGUCCUGAGCCUUUUGCUAAGCUAAUGAAAGAAUGCUGGGAACAAGAUCCUCACAUUCGGCCAUCAUUUGCUUUAAUACUUGAACAGCUAACUGCCAUUGAAGGAGCAGUUAUGACUGAAAUGCCUCAAGAAUCCUUCCAUUCUAUGCAAGAUGACUGGAAACUAGAAAUUCAGCAAAUGUUUGAUGAGUUGAGAACUAAAGAAAAGGAACUUCGAUCCCGUGAGGAGGAGUUAACUAGAGCGGCUCUUCAGCAAAAGUCUCAGGAAGAAUUGUUGAAGAGGCGUGAGCAACAACUAGCAGAACGAGAGAUUGAUGUUUUGGAGCGAGAACUUAAUAUUUUGAUUUUCCAAUUAAAUCAAGAGAAGCCUAAUGUUAAAAAGAGGAAAGGAAAAUUUAAGAGAAGCCGUUUAAAACUGAAAGAUGGGCAUCGGAUUAGUUUACCCUCAGAUUUCCAGCACAAAAUAACAGUGCAAGCUUCUCCAAAUUUGGAUAAACGAAGAAGUUUAAACAGUAACAGUUCUAGCCCUCCAAGUAGCCCAACAAUAAUUCCUCGGCUCCGAGCUAUACAACUGAUUUCAAAAUCAGAUAUAAGUACUUCUUAUGACCGGAGAAACAGUAUAUAUGUAUACCAGCAAGAUGUAGAUAUCACAAGUGAAUAUGUACCUCCCUGUCAGGGAAUGAAAAAAGUCACCUCAGAAGAAAGCAAUAGAACCUGGGGCAAAAGCACAGCCUAUCGCCAAGAAGAAUUUGAGGAUGUGAAGAGAAACUUCAAAAAGAAAGGUUGUACCUGGGGACCAAGUUCGGUUCAAACAAAAGAUCGUACUGACUGCAAAGAAAGAGUAAGACCCCUUUCAGAUGGUAGUAAUCCUUGGUCAACUAUCUUAAUGAAAAACCAGAAAACUGUGCCAUUAGCUUCUUUAUUUGUAGACCAACAAGAGCUGAAACUUUUCCCUGAUGGACUGGACAACAAAAGACCAAAGCAAAUAAAAUUGCCGAAUCAGGCCUAUGUUGAUCUACCUCUUUGGAAAGAUGAUCAGGGAGAUAAUACUAUAGAACCUGAAAGCUUUGAAGAGGGAACUUCUGCUAGUUCUGCUGCUAGCACUCCCCAAAUGACUCCCACAAAUAGUCUUAGUAGAACACCCCCCAAAAAGAAAACGGAAUCUGCAUUAUAUGGGUGUGCUGCAUUAUUGGCUUCUGUGGCUUUGGGAUUGGAUAUUAGAGAACUAAAUAAGGUACAGUCUCCUGACGAAUUGUUGCCCAAAGAGGAUAAGAAGAAACGUGAGGGGAUAUUUCAUCGUGCUUCUAAAUUACGAAGAAGUUCCAGUCCUCCAACCAGAUUACAGUCUAAAAGAGAAGAUGUUAACAUUCCAUCAAUAAGUCCAUCAUCAAACACUGUGAACCUACUGUCCAUGCCUUCCAUCUCCACAAAAUGUUUGCUACACUCAGACAAUGAAGACACAUUUGUGGGUACCUGUGAAACAGACAUUCCUGUUUUAAGAGUUUCCCCUGUAAGUCAGGGAAAUAACUGUGAGCCUCCUGCAAUUUCAGGACUUGUGACUGAUCACAGCUUGUUGAAGAAUGUGCCUUCCUCUCCUUUCACAAAGCAGGUAUCUGGAAAUGUGCCAAAUAAUGCACCAUCAAAAACGAGGGUAUCAUGUCACAGACGAACUGUAUCUGAUGGAAAUGCUUUUCAGACAGCUAAUGGAGUUACUUGCUCAAACAAUGGAGUCUCUGAACUGCCAAUUUUUCAAGUUUCUGGGAUGCUGCACUUCCCAUCUAUUCAUCGGAGAAAUCUGCCGAAUGAGGCCCUUUUAGAAAAACAAAGUGCUGUCAGUAUCAUACCCAGGCCUCGCCCUUCUUCUCUGAGAAGUCGAUUCAAUCCACAGCAUGUUCUUCCAGAAAGUGCAAAGCAUAGUCCUGCUCAGACAGACUGUUUAGAGGGUAACCCAGAACCAAAUACUAACUGUCUACUUAGUACCAAGGACAGAACUAAAUUCCACAUACCCUCACUCCUGGACAUCGAUGUAGAAGGUCAGAACAGGGACUACACUGUCCCUUUAUGCAGAAUGAAGAGCAAAACUAGCCGGCCUUCUAUAUAUGAACUGGAGAAAGAAUUUCUGUCUUAAUCUUAAGUGCCUUAUGCUUUUAAAAAAGCAUUACCAUUUUUAAUGAGAACAACUGUAAAUCAUGUGUCUACCUUCUAAUGUUUCAUGCUGCUGUAUUUUCAAAAGCUGUGGCCAUGUUACCAAAACAGUAGUAGAUGUGUUAACUUUUGGAAAAAUAUAACCAUCGUUGUUAGCUUGCCUGUAUUGUCUUUUCACUGGAACCACACCUAGUAACUUGAAAUGCACAAAGGUGUAAAUCUAGAAAUGCACAAUAAUGUAAAGCUAUAUGUUGGAUAGAGUCUUUCUUGAGCAGUCUUGACUUUAAGGUUUGUUUUCUUUUUCUCCCUCUCUCCCUUUUCCUCUUCACCCGUAAUCAUAAAAAAGAAAGGCAAAAACUUCCUAAAAAUCAAUGAUACUUUGAACUAUUUUUCCCAUUUCUUCAAAAAAAGAAGUCAAGAAAAUGCUAUAAAUUUGUUCAUUGUGAAUGAUAUUAUACCAAAAACACUAGGAUAAGGAAAGGGAUUUGGGGCUCUCAGAUGAGAAAGUUCCCUCUAAGCUAGCCCCAGCAGUUUCUAGUCUUAGAGAGUUGCUUAGAGCACUGAGAGGGGGUCACAUAGGAGCAGGAUUUGAAACAAAUCUUCUAGGCUCUAAAGUGGACUUUCUAUCCAUAUCUCCACACUGCCUUGCUAAUGUUGCAUAAUUUUAAAAAUUGAUGACUGAAAUUAAUGUGAUAUUCUAUUAAACUACCUAACCUCAGCAUUAGGAUUGUCAGACAGGUUAUGCAGUGACUUAAGCCUGUUUGAGUAAAUCUCAUUUGCAUAUGCUUUAUAAAUGCUGAUUCCAUUAGAAUUUAUGAGAAACCUAAUUUUUCUCAAUAAUGUUUGAAUGAUUAUCUCAUGCCCAUUGAAGAAGCCUUUUUCAGUUGGCUUUUCUCUUGGUGAGAGAAUACUAAAAUUUUCUCCUAAUCUAAAAGUAACCAUCUAUUUGUUACCUGAAAAUGCACAACUUGUUCUCUAGAAAUAUUUUUGGUAAUAAUAUAAGCUGAAUUUAAAUGAAGGUUUGUUAUUUCAAAGAUAAUACAAUUUUAAUGAUGGCAAAAUUUCCUAGUACCAUAAACCAAAUAGAAUUUAUUAUUUAAAUUUAAUUUAUUAAUUUAUUUAAUCAACUAAUUAAAAUUUAAAUCAACAUUUUACCAAGUAAUUUGACAUUUCAGGUAACCGUGAACAAUUGUUAAAAGACAAAGGCAAAAAGAAAUUAUUCAGGAAUAGCAAUAUAAAAUAUAUCCCUGAGUAAAGCUAAGAAUUUUAAAGACUACAGAGUUGUUUAAAAUUGUAAUUGUAUUUGGAUAAUGGUGCUCUUAUUAAAUUGUGGGUUUAUUUCUAGAAAAUCUGUUUUGUGGAUGUCACCUCUAUUUACUGUUAGCAUUUCAGAAGCACACUUAUUUUUUAAUUACCAUAAAAUUUUAAAAGUAAUAUUGCUUAAUUUUUCCUUUAAAUUUCUACUAAAGCUAAAUAGUCACAUUUUACUAACUAAGCUGAAAUUUUAGUGGUUGAAAAAUAAAAUUUCAGAUUUGAAGUACCUAGUAAAAAAGAAUUUUAAAAAAUGAUGAUGGCUUAAAUUACAAAGCAAUACCUUUGGAGUACAUUUUCCAAUUGCUUUUUGUACUAUGAACACAAUAUGAAAGGGUUCUGAUAUUGAUACAUACAUUUUAUUCAGAGGGAAACAAUCUCUAGGUUGCAGUAAAAUCUCAGGUAUUCAUUAUUAUUUAUGAAAUCAUUGUCCAAUCUCUACUUUAGUUUCACUUUUUGGUAAUUCAUUAAAUUUUGAGAGCUAGAUUUUAGUCUUUAUGAAUACAUCAUACAUACCAACACUAUGUUGGCCACUUAGUUUUCAGCCAUUGACACAUGUAACCUACAGACUAAAUUGCAGGAGAUAUAUUAAGCCUAACAUAAAGAAUUUGUGCAAAAAAACCCAAAACUGUUACCUAACUAUAAUUUUACUUCUAAAAAAACAACAUAUGUUUGCAUUUUAUACCCUUACAAUACUUCUUUUCUAACCAUACAUCUGUUAGACCCCUUAGUAGCUUAAUUCUAGGCCAGUUUGCAUUCUGAUGAACUGAAAUAUGAAAAUAUAAAUAAAGACAAUUACCUAUCAAAAUAUGGAUUCAAUCUUACAUUCCACUACAGAUAUUGGAGUGGGGAGGUGAGGGAGAUGAUUAGAAUCUGUUGUAAAUUUGUGAUUUCUUUUCAUGUGUUUCUAUCUGUAGCAUAAUAUGAUUGUAUUUAUUUUCAUGUAGAUUGAAUAGUCUUACUAGAGUAAAAGAGAAAUUAAGGCAAUCACGGUUAGUAAACAAUUUAAGGUGCUUAUACUGCAGAAAUUUAAGAUAUCUAUUUGAUAUGCUGUUUUACAAAGCCUUGUGACUGAAAGAUGUUUACAUAUAUUGUAUUUUUUUAAAAAAUAAAGUUUUUAAAAUAGCCAGUCUUCUGCUCAGUGACUUUGCCCUUCUGCCUUAAUGCUUAGAUCAAGAGUUCUGUGAUGUUUUAUUUUGUAGCCAGUGAUAAAAAGAAUUUUGAAAGGAUUAAGUUCACUAAGUGCCUCAAAAUACAUAUAGAAAUAGGAGAAAUAUUUUCAUUCUCUGCCUGGCAUGUAGUUGGUGCUACUGACUGACCAAACAGCUUUAAUGUCAGACCUCAGAGGGCUUUGCAACCAGAACACAAGCUCUGGCAAGUCCUUUCAAACUAAAAUUCUUAGCCAGGCACUUCCUGGACCUGAGGACCAGCGGAACCAAGUGCAGAGAGGAGAGGGUUGGGUGGUAUUUUUGUUUAUAUUUUUUGCUUUUGGCUACAACUCAUUUAAGCUGUUCUUAGACUCUGGACUCUUGAAAUCUUGUUAGAUUUUGCUUAAAUGUGUUUUAAAUGGCCUCAUGUUUCCAUAUGGAUCAAAAUUGUUGCAUCUUUUGAGUUCUUCUGGAAGUUGGUUUACAUCAAAAACAAACAAACAAACCAACAAACAAAAACUCUAGCAAUUUUUCUCUCUGGGCCAAAUUGAAGCUGAUAAAGUGCCUACUUAAUGAGUGCACCUAAUCAUUUAAGUAAUACUCAGCAGCUGUUUAAUCUUUGUUAAAAGGGUAAAGCAUGAAGCAACUAAAAAAGUGCUUGAGACAGUUCAUUUAUUUGAGGAGAGGAAAGAGCAUUCCCCAAUUAAGAUGCUAAGGCUACCUGUAUCAAAGGACUGAAUAAUUUGUCUGUAAAUUAAGAGGUCCAGAAAGUUUUCAUUUUACUGCUGUUUUGGGCAUAGCUGUUUGGAUUACUGGCACCAAAUUGUACUUCAACUUAGUUCACUUUGUUCUUUAGACCACAUGAUUUAUUAUUAAACAUUUAUGCUUAUUUGAAA